AUGUUAUUAAUUUAUUUGUUUGUUAAUGCCCCUCAGGUGAUCUGUGAGCUUGGACGUGCUAUGUCCUGGUCGUCCCAAACUAGGAAAAAAGAAGAUGGAAAGAAUUACUCUCCACUUAAAUCCGAUAACGAUGUAACUCCAACAGUGACUGAAACAACGACAUUGGACUCUUCAAAAGAAUAUGAACAGAAAGGUGCAGUUUCUUCACCUAACCAUGCCUUAUUCGAUGCAUCAGCGCCAUGCUGUGGAGAUUGUGGAAAUAUAAUGUGCAGCUUAAGUCCAGCUCGUUUAGAUGAUGACUUUGAUGAUGCGGAAGAUGGCAGCCUAAGAAGAAGAAGAACGCAAUCUGACGGAUGCUAUGAUAGGUGUAAAAGAAACAGCCCCAGUUUAGACUCUUCUAGAGAAUUACUUUCACCGUCUGCCCCAGAAGAGAAAGAAGCUGUUCAAAGAGAGUCGCCAACGUCUUACCCCUGUUCGCAAUCCACUUGGAGCGUUCGAGUUCGAGAUCUUAAAAGAGAAGUAAAACAACGAAUAGGAAAACUUCGUCCGACUACGAAAAACUCUUCGUCCCAGCCAAAUUCUAUAUCUACGUUGGACAGUCCACAAAAAGAUGAUGUUUCAAAGACGUUUUCUGAUGAAAGUCCAAAAGAAAGUGAGAAACCAAUAGGUCCUAUCAGCAAUCAAGGAUUUAUAUGUGAAGAAGGGGAUCCCCCAAAAGUGUUGGGGAAAGCAAGAGCAUUAGUCGAUAGCACACCCAGCCCGUACGAUAAAGAAGGACUCGCAUUUAAGAAGGGAGACGAAAUCGAGAUUCUUUCUAAGUCCAGCUCGGGGUACUGGUUGGGAAGACUUGGUGACCAAGUUGGACGCUUCAAGUUUAUAUGUGUGCAAGAAAUUCUUCCGAACCCUACAACUCAGCAGAAGAAACCUGAUGAAUCUACUAUCCACAUGAAUAUUCCUGAGAACCUGGAAGAGUUAAUGUUGCGAUUAGGCAUGGAGUCUUAUCUAAACGUUCUCUUACUCCAUGGCUACCAUUCCUUGGAUACCUUGAAGGAAUUAGACGAAGAAGAGCUUAUUAACUUAGGUGUAGUGAAUGCCGAGCAUCGGAAACAGUUACUAACUGCAGUAAAUAAGUUGCAAGAUUUUUUGCCAGCGCCAUCGACGAACGCAGUCAACGGAAGCAGUACUGUGAAGAAUCAUCAGAAAAUAAACAAGACUUCCACAUUCCAUGGCUGUUUAGACAAGGUGCUUUCUCCUAGGAAAAGAAGUGAAUCUUGCUCCAGUAAUCUUCCAGAAGCCUAUGGACAACUUAUUCAAAGUACGCCCACAGCAAAAGAUUCUGAUUUUGUUCCCAAUGAGAUUAACAACCUCGAUCACAACAUAGCUUCAAUGCCAAAGUGCAACGGUAUGAAGCACAAGGAUACCAUUGAAAACAACGAUGUCUUAAAUAUCCCUCCAUCUGAUUUGUCAUCCGAGAAGAUGUACUUCUACUCCGACUUCCAGACGAAUCAGAAGAUCAGGUAUUCUUAUGGACAUGAUGGAUUUAGUGCGUUUGCGGAGCAACUGUGCUUCUCGAGAGCAGGAGUUAUGAUCGACAGUCCGAUUAUCCAGCGUGAUCCGUUCAUCUCCCAAGUGAAUUACUUGAAGAAACUAUCGGACUUAUCAAUUGGUGGAUCCAAUUUCGACCAAGUGAAUGGUUCAACUCGUAAGAGUGAUUACGUUCAGAAAGGAGAAAAACAUUUUGUUGGUUCACUAAAAAAGAAAUUGAAUGAAAAUUAUUCUUCAUACAAAGCAAGCGUCAACUCCGAUAACGUAAGUUCAGAAUUCAAUGGUUAUUCAAAUUCUCUAUCAGAACCUUUUGGUUCUUCGUUCAGAAAUUCUUCCGUGCCCGCGCUUCAAAGCAUUUCCACUAUUGAAAAUUCUUACCGUAAUCCACCAACGCAACCGUCUUCGUACAUAGCACCUGAUACAUUCAGGAAAACUACAUACGUUCCUCCAACAUACACGAACUCCUUUCCUGUGAAUAGUUCAUCUAGUCAUUCUUCUGUUCUUGAUUCACAGUCAUUGAUGAACUCAACUUCCCUGGAUCCAUCAUAUAAGAACUAUCCAUCCAUUGAUUCAUUGUUUAGAAAUUCGAUAUCAGGAGAUCCAGAACUUAAAAGCUACUCAACCCUCAAUCCAUCAAUGAGAAACACAUCUUCAAAUGAUCCCGCAUACCAUAACUCUUCCUCUUUUCAAACACAGGGUAAUUGUGACUAUUUGUUACUAUCUGAUAGAAAGAAAGGUAUUAAAUUCAGCAGUGAUAUGUUACCAAAAGUUUACAAAACUGAAAGAAAAAGUAGAAGAUUACGAAGAAGGAAAGAACAACCGCUUCUAAAGUGUCCUCUAGUACAAACAUAUAGUUUAUCAGAUUGGAUAGCAAAAAAACUGCAGGAUGAGCAAAUUGACUUAUGUGAAGAGCCUUACACGGACAAGACUGGGUUUUGUGGUAUUCCUCCAGCGCUAGUGCAAAGAUAUGCCGAUGAACUUCAGCAGGAUAUUUAUGAUGUUGCUGAGGCACUUGACCGAGAAAGAACUAGAGCAUUGCAAGCUAGAGGACGAUGUGCAGUACCAAACGAUUUUCUCGCCGACAGUUGUUGCGAGCCCGUCGUGGAAGCUGACUAUGGGGGUGGUCUCAGGGAAUGGCUGAUUUCUCUGGGGCUACCCCAGCACGAGAAUCUGCUCCGAUCAGCUGGAUGCACGGAUUUGGGACACGUGGCCAGGUUGGGAGAAACCGAGUUGAGAGUCAUAGGCAUUCAGGACCCCAGGCACCUGCGACUGCUGCGGACGGCAGUCGAGGCGCUCCGAAUUCACAUCGAGCACUGUUAUUUUAGCUAGAAUAGAUUUUCUAUUCUUGAUGUCACAUGAAGUCAAGAAAAAAGUUCUGGCAUUUUUUUCAUCAGUACCCUAAGUUUCUUAUCGCCCUUGAACAUUACACCAAAGAAUCACCUCACCGACUGAUCAGAUGAGAAUCAAAUCCAUUUAUUAUUACUUAAAUGUAUAUUUGUCGUUUCGGAGUACAUGGACUGUUACAUACACUUGUAAAGAGCGAAUAUUGUAAAAGCAUUCCUAAAGAUAUAA